UACAACGAAGGGAUGGCGGGGAAAGAGAGAAAGAUACUCGUAAAUGUUUCCUGGUGGGACCCAGGGGGAGAAGUUUCUCUCGUUUCAACUGAUCCGCCAUCCACGCAACUCUACUUUCUAUCUUUGUUUACCACCGCAACUGUCUGUGAUCGAUGGAUCUUAACUGGUAACAACAAUAUACGUCCUCUCUUCACUCUCUUGUAGGAAAGACGGGCCUCACCUCAGCUGGAAACUACCGCCAUGGCCUUCAAUUCUACCAAUUCUCCUCCAAAAUCCAGAAUACCAUCUGGAGAACUAGACAGUGAUACUUUGAAGGAAUUGCAGUUCAGAAUAAAUCAACUCAAGAAGCAAAUCCAAUCCGAGAGAAUUUUUUCAGUAAAAGCACAUGUUGAGGGGAACACCCUGAGGCUAGAAACUCAUGCAUCUGAACUUCUGGCGUUGUCUGCAUCCAGAACCGUUACUUCAUUUUGUGAGAAUAGUGAGUCGGGUGAAAUGCUCUCCUCCAGAAUUGCAAACCCCAUCUGCAAAUUUAGUGGACUUAUACAAGCAUCUGGAGAGAGAGACUGUGGUAAUGGUGGCCAAGAAGUAGUAGUAUCUACGACAACUGCCAAGCUCCCAUUUAUUCAGAAACUACCUCCAUACACCACUUGGGUGUUCUUAGAUCGAAAUCAGAGAAUGGCUGAAGACCAAUCGGUACUUGGAAGGCGGCGUAUUUAUUAUGAUCAACAUGGGAGUGAGGCACUAAUCUGCAGCGACAGUGAAGAAGAGAAUGCAGAAACAGAGAUAAAGAAGCGUGAUUUCUCUGAAGGAGAAGAUAGAAUUAUAAGGAUGGCUUUACAAGAGUACAUGAUAAGUGAAGAGGUUCUUAACAUGUUGGCGCAAUUUAUUGGAGGAUCCACUAACGAAAUCCAGGACCGGUGCAAUAUGCUUGAGGGCAAAUACACUGAAGCAGAAAAAAGCAUAAAAGUUUUGGGGGAGAGAGGUUCUGGGAGCCAACUCCUGGAGAAAAGCCUUAACACUGCCUUGGAUUCUUUUGAUAAUCUUUUCUGCCGCCGUUGUUUGGUGUUUGAUUGUCGUCUACAUGGUUGUUCUCAAGUUCUCAUUGAUGCUAGCGAGAAGCAGUUGUGCUCUUUUGACAAUGAAGUUCAUGCAAAACCAUGCAGCAACCAGUGCUAUCUUCAGUUAAAAGUUUCUGGACUCUUGCGUGGAGAUCCAGCCGUAGAUCUUCCAGGUACAUCUGAAAGCAAGAUUUUAGAAGAAGAGUCCAAGAGUUUGGGCAGUCCCAGUGCCGCAAAAGAACGUAAAAGUAGAAACAAUGAUUGUUUUGAUGAAUGUGAACAUGCUGACAUAAGUUCAAAACAAAAAGCAUUAGAUCCUACACAUCCAACACCAGGAGACCAAAAACUGGUGUCUGAUGAACUACAACGUGACCAUAAAAAUAAGAAACUGAAAUGGUCAGCUCCUAGUUUCGUUGGUAUGUCCAUGGAAUGUGUAUCUGAUGUAAAUCACCUGAAGAUGAUCACUGAUGAUGAGUCGCAUAAGCAUUCAUCAGAGGGCAGUAGUCUUGUAGUUAUAUCGGGAGGCAAUACUGAGGCCAGUGAGAGAAGUGAGGAAGUAGCCACUCGUGACACUCCUAGGGAGAAACCAAACUCCAGCUUGAGAAGAGUACAUGGUAAAGAUGCGCUUGAAGUAUCAGACUGGAAACCACUUGAGAAAGAAUUGUAUUUGAAGGGCAUAGAGAUAUUUGGCAGAAACAGCUGCCUCAUAGCCAGGAACUUACUCCCUGGACUAAAAUCAUGCAUUGAGGUUUCAAGUUACAUGUAUAAUGAUGGAGCAACAAUGCAUCAUGGGUCCUCCGGAAUUUCAUGUUUCUUUUCUGGUCACAAUUGGGAAGCUCAAAUGGAUCAAAUGGAGUCUGAUAUGCAAGCUAGAUCUCGUUUACUUCGUAGAAGGGGCAGAGCUAGGAAGCUCAAGUACUCAACAAAGUCUUCUGGCCAUCCGACAAUGUGGAGAAGAGUUGUAGAUGGGAAAUAUCAGUCUUCUAAGCAAUAUAGUCCAUGCGGGUGCGAAUCUAUGUGUGGGAAGCAAUGUCCUUGUUUACAGAACAGUACUUGUUGUGAAAAAUAUUGUGGGUGCUCAAAAGGCUGUAAAAACCGGUUUCGUGGGUGUCAUUGUGCGAAGAGUCAAUGCAGAAGCCGGCAGUGCCCUUGCUUUGCUGCUGGACGAGAAUGUGAUCCCGAUGUUUGCCGCAAUUGUUGGGUUAGCUGUGGAGAUGGUUCAUUAGGUGAACCUCCUAGGCAAGGAGAUGGUCAAUGUGGCAACAUGAGGCUGCUCUUGAGGCAGCAACAACGGAUCCUCUUGGCAAGAUCUGAUGUUGCUGGAUGGGGUGCCUUUCUGAAGAACCCUGUUAACAAAAAUGAUUAUCUGGGAGAGUAUACUGGUGAAUUGAUCUCACAUCGAGAAGCAGAUAAACGUGGGAAAAUCUAUGAUCGCGCAAAUUCUUCCUACCUUUUCGACUUGAAUGAUCAGUAUGUGCUUGAUGCGUACCGCAAAGGAGAUAAACUUAAAUUUGCAAAUCAUUCGUCAAAUCCAAAUUGCUAUGCAAAGGUAAUGCUGGUAGCAGGGGAUCACCGGGUUGGCAUCUUUGCCAAGGACCGUAUUGAAGCAAGUGAUGAGCUUUUUUAUGAUUACCGGUAUGGCCCUGAUCAAGCACCCUUAUGGGCUCGCAAACCUGACCACCACCAGAAGAGAGACGGUUCUCCGUUACCACCACCUCAACAACUUCGUGCAAAGAAGCACCACCAAACGCUUCAUUAACUAAAAUAUUUAACCGGGACUGUCUGAGCCAGGAUAUUGUCGUUUCACUUCUAUUUUGUUGUAAACACAAGUGCAAUAAUACAAUAUUAGUGUAAAUUGCAAAAAAUGUACCUUGAUUCAUAGGAUAUUCAUAGUAACCCAUAUAAAAAGAUCAUUAUUCCUGGACCCCCCCAACUUCAAUCUUAAACAUUUUAUACAAGUUAAUGUAAUUACGUUACUACAACAGUGUGUUCAGUUUGUUGGUUUCUCUCUCUUAUUAAACUACCCAUGUUCAAAUUUCUGAUGAG